AUGGAAAAAAAGGAAUCAUCAACAUCAUCAGCGGGACAAGGUUCUAUAUACCAAAUAACUUCAAGUACAAUAAAUCUUCCUACUACAAACAUAAGAAAUUUAGCUUCAAUUACAGAUGAAAAAAACGCAACAAGAAUAUUAGAAGAAGCUCAAGCUAAUUUACAAUUUUCAUCUGAUACUGGUUAUGCGCCUGAAUUAAGAAGAGAUUUUAAUGUUUUAUCAUUAUUAGGAAUAGGUUUUGGUAUAACUAAUUCAUGGUACGGAAUUAGUGGUGCAAUGAUUGCAGGUAUUUCUGGUGGAUCUACUUUAAUUCUUUAUGGUAUACUUAUGUUGGCUUUUGUUGGUAUGUGCAUAGCUGUUACACUUUCAGAAAUGUCGCUGAUGUUACCAAAUGCUUCGGGUCAAACUUAUUGGGCCAUGAAACUUGCACCACCAAAAUAUUCAAAAUUAAUGGGUUAUAUUACUGGUAUAUUAGCAUGGUUGGGGAGUGUUUUCACAAGUGCUGCUGUUACAAUGACAAUGGCUUCAGCAGUAACAGGAAUGUAUGUUUUAUAUAAUCCAGAAACAGAAAUUAAAAGUUGGCAAAUCUUUUUAUGUUAUGAAGUUUUCCUUUUACUUUUAGUCCCAUUUAAUCUUUGGGAAAAACCUUUGCCUGCUAUAAGUACAUCUACAUUGUAUAUAUCAUUAGCAUCAUUUUUCAUUAUUAUAGUUACUGUAUUAUCAUUGCAUACGGGAGAGUUUCAAAGUGCUAAAACUGUAUUUACUGAAUUUAAUAAUUCCACUGGUUGGAAUUCACUGGCUAUUGCCUUUAUUAUUGGUCUUGUAAAUCCAAAUUGGGCUUUUUCCUGUCUUGAUGCUGCUACUCAUAUUGCUGAAGAAACCUUACAUCCUGAAACACAAAUUCCAACCGCUAUUAUCGGAACUGUUUGUGUUGGUUUUGUUACAUCAUUUAGUUAUUGUAUUGCUAUGUUUUUCAGUAUGAAAAAUAUUGAUGACAUUAUUAACUCAAACACUGGUGUUCCAAUCAUGGAUAUCUUUUAUCAAGCUACUAGUUCAAAAGCAGCUGCAGUUGGACUACAAGCUUUAAUUUUAUUAACAGCUUUUUCUUGUAAUAUUGGUUGUCAUACUUGGGAAUCACGUAUUGCUUAUUCAUUUUCAAGAGAUAGAGGAUUACCAUUUUCUAAAUACUGGUCAAAAGUUAAUGAAAAGACAGGUACCGUCGUAAAUGCUCAUUUAAUGAGUUGUGCAUUGAAUGGUGUAAUUGGUUUAAUUUACUUAGGUUCUUCAUCAGCUUUCAAUUCAAUUUUAGUUUGUUGUGUUACAUUUUUAUUAUUAUCUUACAUGGUUCCAACAUUAUUUUUAAUUCCACAAAGAAAUACUAUAAAACAUGGUCCAUUCUUUUUGAAAAAAUGGGGUAUUGGAUUAUUCUGUAAUUUAGUAACUUGUGCUUGGGCUAUAUUUGCAUUUGUUUUUUACAAUUUCCCAACUGUUAUGCCUGUUUCAGGUGGAAAUAUGAAUUAUUCAACUGUUGUUGUUGGAAUUGUUUUAAUUAUUUGUGUUGGUGAUUGGUUUAUUAGAGCUAAAAAAGAAUAUAUUGAUAUAACAGAAAGAGAACAUAUGAAAAGUGAACUUACUGAACAAUUGUCAGCCCAAGUCUCAAAUAUUGAAGCUGUUUUAUCACGUCCAUAG